GAAACAUGGAACAUGAGCCGCACGACGUAUCAAAUGCUAAUAGGCUCGCCGUCGUCUAACAGCCAUGCUAAUAUUGCUCCCAUCUGCCCAGUCGUGAUCGGGCUGACUCACCACUUGCCUGCAGGAAGAAAAGGAAACGUGACUCGACCACUGAUAUGAAUGAAGACUUUCUCAGGGCGGGCCCAACAACUCACGCCUCGUCCUCAAAUCGACGAAAAAGACGUCGAAUUUCUCCGCAAUGGCACCUGUCACGAACCAAAUGCUCAACGCCAAGCGUGAAGCCAACUGCGUCGGGCUUACCACCGAGCGCAAAUACUUCAAGGUCGGCCACACGUGGAUCAAGCGCAGCCUUCGCCCGGCAGAAUGGCAGACGAACCCCUUCACCGGCACGCUCGUGGUGCCCCGCUUCGGAACGGAGCGCAUUUUAAACGAAGCUGCCGCGAUGCAGUUCGUCGCCGAAAGGACCAGCAUCCCAGUCCCCAAGCUUCAUGCUUGCUUCCAGGACGAUGAGGCGGCUUACCUCGUCAUGGAGUACGUCAAUGGGGUGACCAUGGACGAGCUCAGUGCCACGGAGAGGAAAACGGUAGAGAGGGAGCUAGAAGGGUAUCUAGAGACGUUGCGGGCCUUGAAAUCGAACUCGUGGGGCGGCCCGUCGGGCAUUAUUGUCCCACCGUACCGCGUCAUGGUCAAGUUAACACGCUCGGACUGGAAGAUGAAGCCAAGAUCGUCGGAGGAUCUUGUAUUUUGCCAUAACGACUUUUCCACUCACAAUGUUCUUGUCGAUCCAAGCACGUUAAAGGUUAACGCCAUCAUAGACUGGGAAUAUGCAGGAUUUUAUCCUAUCGAGUUUGAAGGUCUCUUCUUCCGACGGCCUGGACCGUCCAUUGCGCUAGAAGGAGAGGCAGAUGACACAGAUGAGUUGGUGGAUAUCAUGCUAAGAAAUGUGGCACAAUAGGUGAUUCAAGAUCUCAACUACGGAGUAGUUAUAAAGUAAAGAUAUGGGUAGGCUGCAUUGACCCGGGGUUGCCGCCCCC